GAUCCAUUUGCGGACCCCGGCGAUGAGUCAUGCCAAGCUUCAGUGCAGCAAUCGGUGAAACCCACGGCAGAUGAGACAAGCAAGACAAGAAAAGCGCCCGAUGACAUAUUUUCUGCUUUACGCUUUCUGGCUUCUGGUGAACGUAACCACACGCGUGACGAAGAUGGGGCUGAUCUUGCAGAUGACUCAGAUUUCACCGCCCAGCUGGACAUGCUUUUCAGUAUGGCAGAUGACAAUACAGAAUCUCUGCGGAGUGCGUAUUCAGGCGUUGCAAGAAUGACAGCGGGAAAUGGUACUCGAUAUAUGGCCAUGUGGCAGCGCGCUCUGGCCUUGCUGGAGGCGGAAAAACCCAGCAAUUUACUUGGGCUGCUGGUUGAUGAUGCCGUGGGUCUUACCAUGGACCCUUCCAGAAACACGCCCAGCGCAAUCCACUUAGAUGUUCCGCACGGGAAGGCAAGCGGCGAGGUGGUCUUCCUGCUUUCCUGGGGUGGCGGAUCACUUCAGGACACAGAAGAUGUUGUUCGCAUGUACCGUGAACUACUUCCUGACUGCACCAUCUUUGUGUCUACAAGCAACCGCAAGCAGAGCUUUGGGCUUAGAUGCCAGUGUGCGUUCGGCAUCAAGUCAGCCGCGGAAGCAUGGUCUCGAAGCCCUGAUCAGCCGAAGCUCUUGGUGCACCUGUUCAGCAAUUCCGGUAUGCAUGCGUGGACCGAAAUCUUGCAGGCCUGGAAUGCAAUUCGGAGUUGCGACGACCAAGAGGACUUGGGAGAUGCUCUGGACAACCUUCCACCACUCGAAGACGUGCUACGCGGCAUUGUGCUGGACUCGGCCUGCGACAGCUCCGUUCCUCUUGAUUCGUGCAUACAAAGCUUUGUCCAAUCCAUGGCUGGCACUGUGGCACUGGCCGCGUCUCUCGAUCACGAUGGGUCGGACGAGAGCAAGCGGGCUGCUGAUGUGGCAAGCAAGAGGGCCGUGGCCUCUUUGAUUGGCGCACAGUCUGCGGCAAAGUCACACCUGUACACCAAGCCGCACAAGUCGCUUACAAAGCUGGCCGAUGCGGACACAGCGAUCGUACAUCGAAUGGAGCCGCCAGUUCCUUUGCAGUUUAUCUACUCCAAGGAUGACAACAUUAUACUGGCGCAGGGUGUGGAAAGGUACUUGCAGGAAGUAAAGGACCGACCCAGCCGCAAGGGACUUUCUCAACCGCGAGUUUGGUGCAUCGAGAAAUCAAGGCACUGCUUCCACAAGCUCACGCAUGCCGAGGAGUACAGGACUUGCAUCGAGCUGUUUGCUUCUUCCACGAUGGCCUGA